GCAGUCACAGGUCACGCCGCUUACUUUCGGUUCACUACAUACAACACUUCCUCUGGUGUGUUUCAAGUAUGCUGUCGCAUUUUCUAUGCCUACAAUCAUAUCAUUAGUCCAGUCGUUCAAGUACUCGACAAGCCGAUUAUUAGCUUUCAUCAGGACAGUACUCUGGUCCGCGCUCCAGCCCGUGACUCACGUUUAGGCACCUUUAUAACUGCGUAAUUGAAUAAUAUCACUGACGUCGCCCACGUUUCUGAGUUGGCUCAGGGUGGUUGACAGUGACGAAUUCGGGAGUGUGGUUGUGUUACUCAGGUUGCAGCGUCCGGGAUGCUGCGGAGAUAAACCUUUCAUAAAAGUACAACCUUCACUUGUGCAACCAUUCUUCCGCGCGCUGAUCAGUCGUCAUGCGAAUCUUUGCAAGACGCCAGUCUCCACCCCUCGUGGAUGUUAUCACGUAUCGUUUGAAUAAUCGAAUGGUGUAUGUCCCCCCAGCGCAGAGCUUCGACAAAGCAGUCGCAUUGGCCAGAUCAGCAUUUGAGAGCGAUCUCACUGAGAUUGACAAAAGCCAGAUAUCCUUCUCGCUGAAUGUGCUGGUGAAUGGGAAGCGAAGCUCUGCGAGUAUCAGCCGUGAGGCAUGGUCAACGGUCAUGUCGCAUCUCGCACGAUAUGAGAUUAUAGAUGUGCACGUUUCCGGACCCCCUCCGAGCUAUCAGUCUUGUAACUCGACUAAGGAACAGCAUUCAUCAUCACAUCUAUCAUCGGCAGGACUUGCUACUUUGGUAGAGACGGAGGAGUAAUGUUGCAGACACUCGAGCAUUGUAUUUGUAUCUUGCGCCCUGCACACCUAGUGACUCGUUUGUAUUGUAUUAAUUCUAGGUUGCGCUCGGGGUGAUCAAAUGCCUGUUCUUGCUAGAUCAUAUCACAAUUUAUUCUACUCCUUCAUUCGUUCGUGUGUUAUGCGAGAACGUUUGCUGAGGAGUUCUUUGCAGGUACCCGUCUCUUCCUGAAAUUCAAUG